AGUCACUGAGUCUGUUUUCAGUCUAAUGAGAAGUCUUGAUCUGUUCACCAAAAGAGGAAACCCCAUCCUCUCAUUGCAGCUCCAAAUCUCCGCGGUUAGAGACAGAAAACUCGGCCGCCCCAUCACCUUCUGCUUCUUCAAAAUACCGUUAAUAGUUAACUCCGGCGUUUUGGACCAUGGGAGGGUAUUAUGGGCUGGCAGUUCUGGUGGGCGUGGCCUUGCUUCUGACGACCGGCCAAUGUGACGUGAGCUGUGGAGGAAUAGACGGCGGCCCGGGAGUGGCAGGAACCCCGGGCAGAGAUGGAUGGCCUGGAGCGAAGGGAGAGAAAGGAGAGCCAGCUGUGAUGGUCGACGGUCCGGUGGAUACGAGCCAGAUGCCGAUGCUGAAGGGGGAGAUGGGGAUUCGGGGCUUUCAAGGGGUCAUGGGUCCUAAAGGUUACCGCGGGAGUCUGGGACCAGUGGGCCACCCUGGGCCACCCGGUCGCCCCGGCCCUGAGGGGAGGAGCAUGGGCCACGGGCAGCACUCCUCUCGGCAGGCCCAAUCCGCUUUCUCAGUGAUCAGGACUGACAACAGUUAUCCUCGUUACGACCAGACAGUAACCUACCAGACCACAGUGGUCAACAAACCCGAGGACUUUAACGCCGCCACAGGUCACUUCACCUGCAGACUGCCUGGUGUUUAUUACUUCAACUUCCACUCCACGGCCAAGGUCAGCCUGUGUCUGCGUAUAGCCAGCGAGGCUCUGAACAACAAGCUGGGAUUCUGUGACUACAACAGGAACUACGAUCAGGUGCUGUCGGGCGGCGUGGUUUUACAGCUGAGAGCCGGACAGAGGGUUUGGCUCGAGUCCUUCAAGGACCAGCAGCUAGAUUCUGAUCCACGAGACACACGAGAAAAACAGAUCAUCUUCAACGGCUUCCUGCUCUUCUCAGAUCAAUAAGAAAAUUCAGUUGCACACUCACGGCAGCUGAAGUCAGUGCUGUAAACCUGGGACUGCAUCGCUUUAUGAAUUUAACAUCUAAAAAUCUCUGAUUUCAGAUCACAUUUCUCAAAGCUGUUUUUAGAAGGACAAUUUACCAUAGCACAGUGUCACUACACAGUAAUAUUUGUGAAACUUACUCUUGUUUCAUUUGCAUGUGAACCCACAGGUAACUUGUUCACCUGAUUUGUUUCCUUCAUACUGAUGCAUGUAAACCCUCUUUGAAGGUUGACUUUUUCUGCGAAUGCUACUGAAACAAAAUUAAAGUUUGUUAUUGAAUGUGGA